AUGAGCGGUGGCAGGGGCAAUAGCAGUAAUAGCAGCAUCAAUAAUAAUAAUAACAAUAAUAAUAAUGACGGAGGUGAUGAAAGAUUGUUGUUUCUAAGAAGCGUGGGUGAACGUAAUGAAAUUGGUUUCCCCUCUAGGUUUAAGCCGGCACAUUAUAAGAAACCUACAAGAAGACACAAAUCCGCCAGGCAGUUGAUCUCGGAUGAGAACAAGCGGAUUAAUGCCUUGUUGACCAAGGCUAACAAAGCUGCUGAGACCUCUACGACUGUCAAGCGACUCGUGCCCAAAGCGACGUACUUCAGCGUAGAGGCGCCACCAUCUAUUAGACCUGCCAAGAAGUACUGUGACGUCACUGGGUUGAAGGGUCUCUACAAGUCCCCCACGAACAACAUUCGGUACCACAACGCGGAAAUCUACCAGUUAAUUGUGAAACCGAUGGCCCCCGGUGUGGAUCAGGAGUACUUAAAGUUAAGAGGCGCCAAUUUCGUCCUUAAAUAG